UUAAGAAAGUUUUCUGUAGUUCUUGUUUUUUGAUCUUCUUUUUGUGGUACGGUUGGAUCGUAGUUUGAUUAUGUUGUGUUUUGUUAGGCAAUAUGAUUUGCAUGUGCCUUUGGAUUGAUUUUUUUUGUUUAGAUGCUUUGAUGAUUUUGGUUCAAAAUGAUUUGGGAUCCUAUAUCUUCUGAUUUAGUUCAACUUAUUGUGAGUGGUUCCAUUGUGUUCUCGUUUCAUCUGCAACUACAAUCGUGGAGGUAUAUGGUCCCAAAUUUUUUAUGAUUUUUUUUUCAUUCCCUUUCUAUUAAAGAAGUAGAAAUUCUCGUUGCAUGUUUUUUUUCGAUGCGUAUGAGACCAUUAGGUUAUUUGCAGUUAUUGGGUCUGAGAAAUGUUCGUUCCAUAGGCUUAUCUUAGGUUUCUUUUGUAAUGCUAGAUAUUGCUUUAGUUGUUUGGUUAAGUGGCGUUUCGAUUUGAUUAUAGACCGUGAUCCAGUGAAGUUUUUAAAUCUCUCUGAUACAUUUUGGUUGCAUUGAAAUGCUCGUAGAUUAGGGUUUUGUUUUUAGAAAUUAGGAGUUAGAUGUCUGUUGAAGUUCCCCUUGCCUUCUGCAGUAUUGAAGGCUUUGAACUCUAUUAAUGAAUGUUAUCUAUUUGUCUUCCAUUUUAAGUGUCAUUUUUAAGACGCCCAUCUAGAUGCUUCUGGGUGGUGUUGGAUGUUGGAUUCUUGUCGGCAGCCUUGUCGGCAGCCCUUACUAAAUCUUGAUGUUGGAGUAUGGGCAGAAUCUUUGGAGUUCUUUGCUUCUUCAACAUGUUUCAGAUGAAAUCUUCUGGUUAUUCCCAGACCCUCAGUGACCAUUAGAGUUCUAGGUGCUCACUGAUAGCAACAUCGUGAGAGCUGUGCAUGUAGUCUUCAACAGAUCAAGUGAUCAUGAUGUGCAAUUGGUCACUAUUCAAAGCUGGAGGCUCUGGAGUUCCCCCAGUGCUGCGUUGUAGUGUUAUUAUAUAUGGGUCUCUUAUAACCCUUCUUUUUUGGAUGAACUGAAUUCCUCUCAUGGAGUUAUGAUGAUUGGAGCUGUACAACAUUUAUUGGAUUCUUUGUUGCUGAUGUGCUGUGGUCUGCUGCAAGAAACCAACAAUGUCAUGGCCUGUUUGACGGGUGUUUAACAUGCCUUUUCUGCCUUUAGAACCAUUGCUAAAGCCCUUCCUACAUGCAGGUGCUCUAAGUUACUAUCCAGAUUCAACCAUUGUCCAUGGCAGAGGUCGUAACUUACUCCCAGGAGUUGUUGGAGAGGGGAUCUAUGCAAUAUGGAUGUGCACACUAUAGGCGACGGUGCCGCAUCCGAGCUCCUUGUUGUAAUGAAAUCUUUGAUUGCCGCCAUUGCCACAAUGAAAUAAAGAAUAGUAUUUAUGUUGAUCAGAAGGAAAGACACGAGAUCCCACGCCAUGAAGUCGACCAGGUUAUAUGCUCACUCUGUGGAGCUGAACAGGAGGUUCGCCAAGAAUGUAUGAACUGUGGUGUGUGUUUUGGGAAAUAUUUCUGUGAGACUUGCAAGCUGUUUGAUGAUGAUACAUCUAAGAAGCAGUAUCACUGUAAUGGGUGUGGAAUUUGUAGGUAUGAUAUCCUAAUCCGUAUCCCUUCUCGAAGAUUAGGGCUCUGUUCCCACGCUUACUCGAUGGCUUUUGAACGUUUUGACAGAAUUGGGGGGCGGGAGAACUUCUUCCACUGCCAUAAGUGUGGUUGCUGCUAUUCAGCUAUUUUAAAAAAUAGCCAUCCCUGCAUCGAAGGAGCAAUGCACCAUGACUGUCCUGUUUGCUUUGAGUAUCUGUUUGAUUCGACAAACGACGUAUCGGUGAUGCCGUGUGGACACACCAUCCAUCAAAGUUGCUUGAAUGCGAUGAGAGAUCACUUUCAAUUUGCUUGUCCUCUCUGCUCCAAGUCCGUUUGUGAUAUGUCCAAGGUGUGGGAAAAAUUUGACAUGGAAAUUGCAGCUACCCCAGUUCCAGAGCCAUACCAAAAUAAACUGGUUUGGAUUCUUUGCAACGAUUGCGGGAAAACGUCGAAGGUGCAGUAUCAUGUUGUGGCUCAAAAAUGCUUGAACUGCAGGUCCUACAACACCAGACUGAUCGGCUAAGGAUGUGGAUAUGAAGGCCACAUUCCCAUCGUCCUGCAACUCUGAAAUGCUUCAAACCACUCGACGACAAUGACGACGACAACGACGUUCUGCAGCCUCCUCGUUUGUUUCUCUUCUUUAUUUGGUUGAUUUCUUGUAGUCUACCCCUCUGCCUUCUCCGUUCUAUUUGUUGGUGUCUAUAUUUUGCUGUAUUUGCCCCUUCGUUCGAAAUAAGAUAUCGCAAUGUAAUCAUGUUAGUGAA